AUGUUGACUUCCACCUCCACCGCACUCCCCGACAUCCUCUUGAUCGGGGCCACAGGCCGCACCGGCCGUAUUGUCCUCUCUUCAGCCCUUUCCCGCGGUCACAAAGUAACAGCCUUGAUCCGCCCAUCAUCCUCUCUCGCCCCGCAAGCCAACCUCACGAUUUCCCAAGGCUCUCCUCUGGAUGCUUCCGCUAUCAGCACCGCACUUUCCCUCACCACCGGCCGCGUGGUGAUAAUCAGCACAUUAGGCCAAACUCGCACAUCCGGAAACCCUUUUGCUGCUACGACUUCACCUCCACUAUUCAUGGCUCAGUCCAGUGCUGCCGUUGUUCAGGCCGUCAAAGCCUCCGAUCGCAGAGUUGCAAAGGUCAUUGCAAUGUCCAUGUUCGGCGCAGGAUCAUCCUUUCCAAACCUCAAUUUCCUCAUGCGAGCAACGAUGUUGUACUCAAAGAUGAAGCAGACGCUCGAGGACCAGAAUGAAGUUGAUCGGAUUGUAAAGGAAAGUGGGUUGAGGUACGUGAUGCCCAGACCUGCGAUGUUGAAGGGUGAUAAUGCGUUGCCCGUGAAGCUCUUAGGGGAGGAGGGUGAGAAAGCUGGAUUUAUGCCGUCCGUUAGUACAACUAGUGUUGCUGAGUAUAUGUUAGAUGCGGCUGUCAGCGAAGAAUGGGAUAACAGAACUUUUGUUAUUUCGAAUUGA